AUGACAAAUAUAAUAAAAUCUUUUAUAACUAGAAAUACAUAUUUAAAUAAAUUAUCACCAUCACCAUACCAAUUUAAUAAAUAUUAUUCAAAUUCAAUAUCAACACCACCAACACAUUCAUAUGAAAAAAAACAACAACCAAUUCAAAAUGUUGAUGAUAAAAAAUAUAUUUUAACAGAUAGAUUUAAUAGACAUCAUACUUAUUUAAGAAUAUCAUUAACAGAAAGAUGCAAUUUACGUUGUAAAUAUUGUAUGCCUGAAGAAGGAGUAAUGUUAUCACAAGCUGAUAAAAUUUUAACCACUGAUGAAAUUAUUAGAUUAUCAAAAUUAUUCGUAUCAGCAGGUGUAAAUAAAAUUAGAUUCACUGGUGGUGAACCAUUAGUUAGAAAAGAUGUUGAACCAUUAAUUGAAGAAGUUGGUAAAAUUAAAGGAUUACAAAAGAUUGGAAUAACAACAAAUGGAAUAUUAUUAAGUAGAAAAUUAGAUAGAUUACAUAAAGCUGGUGUGAAUUUAUUAAAUAUUAGUUUAGAUACAUUAAAUUCUGAUAAAUUCACAUUAAUUACAAGAAGAUUAGGUUGGGAUAGAGUUUUUCAAUCAAUUGAUAAUGCAUUAAAAUUAGAUAAUAUAAAAGUUAAAGUUAAUUGUGUAAUAAUGAAAGGUUUAAAUGAUAUGGAGAUUUGCGAUUUUGUUGAAAUGACAAGAGAUAAAUCAGUAGAAAUUAGGUUUAUUGAAUAUAUGCCAUUUGAUGGUAACCUUUGGAGUGAUAAAAAGUUUUUAUCAUAUACUGAUAUGAUUAAAAUUAUACAUGAAAAGUAUCCAACAUUUAAAAAGUAUACAAUUGAAGAAGAGGAACCAAAUAAUACAUCGAAAACAUAUCAUGUACCAGGUUUUAAAGGUAAAGUUGGUUUCAUUACAUCAAUGAGUGAACAUUUUUGUUCAUCUUGUAAUAGAUUAAGAAUUACUGCAGAUGGAAACCUAAAGGUUUGUCUCUUUGGUAAUACUGAGGUAAAUCUUAGAGAUAGAAUUAGAGAUGGUGCAUCCGAUCAACAAUUAUUAGAAAUAAUAAAUGCCGCUGUUUUAAAGAAAAAAGCUUCUCAUGCAGGUAUGUAUGAGAUUGCUCAAAAUAAAAAUAGACCAAUGAUUUUAAUUGGAGAAAAAUCUAAAAUUCAAAUAAAUUUUAAAAAUAAAUCAAUUAAACAAAAGAAAGAAGUGAAAAAUUAUUUAUUAAAAUUAAUAAAUUCUAGUUUUAUUAAUAGUAAUAAUAAUAAUAAUAAUAAUAAUAAUAAUAAUAAUAAUUCAAAAUUACAAUAUAUUCAACAAAGAAAUUAUUCAACCAAUAAAAAUAAUCAAAACCUGGAAAAUAAUGAAUUUUCACAUAUUACUAAAGAUGGUAAAUUGCCAACAAUGGUUGAUAUUUCCGAUAAAAUCAUUACAAAGAGAACUGCACAUGCACAGUCAAUAUUGGAAUUCCCAUCAAAUGUUUUAUCUCAAUUAUUAAAUUUAGAAAAAAAUAAUGAUAUUGAUAAUGAUAAUAACAUUUCAAAAAAUAAAGAAAUAGUUUCUAAAAAAGGACCAGUAUUUGCUACAUCAAUUGUUGCAGGUACAAUGGCUGUAAAGAAUACUUCAAAUUUAAUACCAUUUUGUCAUCCAAUACCAAUUGAGUCAUGUAAAAUAGAAAUAACAAUAAUAGAUUCAACAAGUGUAAAAGUAGAUUGUAUAGUUUCAAUGAGUGGUAAAACUGGUGUUGAAAUGGAGGCAUUAACAGGUGCUACUAUUACUAGUUUAACAAUUUAUGACAUGUGCAAAGCACUUUCAAAAGAUAUAGUAAUUAAAGAAACAAAGUUAAUUUCAAAAUUUGGUGGUAAAUCCUCGUCUCCACAAAUUACAAAAUAG